GCUUUCAUAAAUUAUAGACCAACUGGUAUUGCUUUUAACACGGAGGGAGCGAAGAAAAAGAUCUCACCGCAAACACUAAAAAGUGACCAAGCAUCGAGCCAUAGGCAAAGGUGCAGGUUACCCUUUAGGUUAGAUAUUUUGAAGCUUGAAACCAUCCAAGUUAAUCAUAACCCGGAAGAAGAACGUUCGCCUCGCUCAAGCGGGGUCAAAACUAAAUUUGAUCUUUUUGGUGGUCUUUAAAACAGGAACUAUGGCGCUGUUUAGCUGGGUUAUUAUCCUGCUAGGGAUGUGUUUUGUUGAGGCAAGGUUUUUUGAAAAUUACGAGAAUACGAAUGGUGAAUAUGGAUUCAAUCGCGGGUUUGACGAGCUCUACCAACCCGGCUACCAAAGAUCUAUGAGCGAGGACGUACCGACAAUCGAGAUGAAAAUGCCAAAUGUUCGGCCAUUGAAGCACGACUCAUAUUUCUGCACUGCCGUCCCAGUCAAGUCAGAUGAAGCAUUCAUAGUUGGUUAUGAACCCCAUGCCGAGAUGCACACAGCGCAUCACAUGUUACUCUUUGGAUGCUCGACUCCCGCUAGCAAGGAAGGCUUCUGGAAUUGUGGAGAUAUGGGAGUCGGCGUGUGCGCGUCUGGGUCACCAGAGAGGAUCAUGUACGCGUGGGGACGGAACGCACCAAAACUGAACCUCCCGAAAGGAGUCGCGUUUAAAGUAGGCCAAGCUUCCUCUGUCAAGUACCUGGUACUACAAGUUCAUUAUGGCCACGUGGACAAGUUUGUCAAAAAUCCCAAGCUUCACGACAGCUCAGGAGUUACCCUCCAGACAACACACAUGAGACAGCCCUAUCGCGCGGCCAUUUACCUUCUCGCUAAUGGAUACGGCGUCAUCCCACCCGCCAUGAAAGCUGCACAUCUGGAUAUGGGCUGCGCGUACAGCAACAAGGCCACCAUGCACCCCUUCGCCUUCCGGGUCCACGCCCAUUCAUUAGGGAGUGUGAUCACCGGAUACAGAGUUCGUGACGGAAAAUGGACUUUGAUCGGCAAGGGUGACCCUCAGCGCCCACAGGCGUUUUAUCCAAUUAAACAAGAGGUUGACAUCAAAGAUGGUGACACAUUGGCUGCUCGGUGCACGUACAACACGAUGAAGAAAGACAGAAUAACAUACAUUGGCGCCACGAUGAAAGAUGAGAUGUGUAACUUCUACAUGAUGUUCUACUACGACCCUAACGAAGCCGCACGCAGUGAAUACUCCCCUGAGGACUCAUGCGGCUAUGCCAAGUCGGAACUCUUGUCCAGUUUUCCCGCGGGAUCAGAUAUACCCCUACCAGGGAGCGGAGGGAAAAUGGAAAUGAAGAGGGGCGUCGAGUGCGCCUCUACAGAUGAUUGCUCGGGAUACAAGCGCAGUAUGACACACCUCGAAUUGCAGGAUCACUGGCCCUCUGACCCCACACUGUCAAUCGGACAAGUCAGUGGUGUCGCUAUAGACUUAGACGGAAAUGUCACCAUCCUUCAUCGAGCCGGAAGACCUUGGGAUGGAAACACAUUUUAUGAGAAUACUGAUGUAUUACGGAAAGAACUCCGAGAGCCACUAAAAACAAACGUUCUACUGUGGCUUGACCCUCAGUCCGGACUCGUCAUGAGGGAGGAGGGUUCGAAAGCAGGGUUUGUUCUCCCGCACGGCUUGUCCUUCGAUCAACAUGGAAACAUGUGGGCUACAGACGUCGGUCUCCACCAGGUGUUCAAGUUUGAUGCAGGGAGGUUUGACGGGCCACCGAGUAUGGUUCUUGGUACGAAAUAUGAACCAGGAUCAACACUUUCUGAAGAGAAAAUCCAAUUUUGCAAGCCUACAGACGUGGCGGUAGACGAGGAAGGCAACAUCUUUAUUGCCGAUGGAUAUUGCAAUCAACGUGUUGUGAAGCUUGAUAAAAAUGGAAAGCCGUAUUCCUCAUCGUCCUACAAAACCAAGUUUCAUGCUUCUGUUCCCCUUCCACAUCACAUGACCAUACCACACAGCCUUUCCAUGGACCACAAGAACAAAAUCCUUUACAUUGCGGACCGAGAGAACGGUCGGAUUCUCGCAAGUGAUCCCGAAACUGGAACGAUUACUGCCGAAUACAAAUCGGAGAUGUUCGGAGGCAGAGUAUUCGCUAUACACUACAAUGAUGGUGGAUUUAUCCACCUCGUCACCGGAAGUCCAAAUGCCAAGGGCUUGACGUACGAUUUGAAAUCCAAGAUAGUCACUGAUGUGUGGAAGCCAGAAGGGGUAUUCGACACCCCGCAUGACGUCACAGGGGACCAUGCUAGCGGUUCCGUCUACGUUGCCGAGAUUGGCAACAACAAGAUAUUGAAAUUCAAAGCACGUAAAUAAUCCAAGCGACUUCUAAACAACUUCGAAUCCAGUAAAACGACAAAGCAGGCCGUGUGUGUGUUGGGGGAGAGGGGGGGGGGGGGAGGGUAGGGGAGGUGAUAUUUUAGAUAUUUAGAUACCGCGCAGUCAUUUCCCGGGGAAAGACUGGGGCAACUUUUUUCUUCCCCAGUCCCUUCUCUUCUUUCCUUAUUUUUGCAAUGAUCGCAGGGUUUACGUUUUUAAGGUGAGAUUCCCAUUUUUGUCAAGAUUAUGUCUCAUGUUUGUCAAGUUAUUUCCCAUUUUUGUCAAGAUUAUUUCCCAUUUUUCUUUAGAUUAUUUCCCAUUUUUGUCAAGAUUAUUUCCCAUUUUUGUCAAGAUUGUUUCCCAUGUUUGUCAAGAUUCUUUCCCAUUUUUGUCAAGAUUAUUGUAUUUCUGUCAGGAGACCGCUGGGCGGUGGUGGUAUCUCUAAAUUAGAAUUUGACUCUAAGGGUGCCGAACAAUUGGUAUCCUUAGGGGCUCUGUAAAUUUUACAUGCAAUUAAACAUUACGUUACAAAUACA